AUGAGACCAGAAGCUCAAGUGCCUCCAGCUCAAAGACAAUAUUAUGAAGAGUUGUUUUUAUUAUGUGAUUCCGAUAAAGAUGGUGUUAUUGGUUUAACAGAUGCUUCAUUUUUCAGAUAUUCAAUGUUACCAAAUGAAAUUUUAAGAGAAGUAUGGCAAAUUGCAGAUGUUAAUAAUGGUUAUUUAAAUAUUGAGGAUUUUAUUGUAGCAUUAAAGUUAAUAUCAUUAGCACAAAUGGGUGCACCAGUCACAUUGGAAAGUGUUAAAUCAAUGCCAGUUGUACCACCUCCCAGAUUAAGUGAAGUACCACCAAUGAAGAACGAUUGGGCAAUAUCAAAUAGCGAUAAACAAAACUAUAUUGAUUUAUUUAAUAAAUAUGACGAUGAUCAAGAUGGAUACAUUUUAGGAAGCCAAGCAAAGAGUAUAUUUUCAUCAAGUGGUUUACCAGCCAAAAUUUUAGGACAUAUUUGGAAUUUAUCAGAUUUAAAUAAAGAUCAAAAACUUGAUUGUCAAGAAUUUAUUAUUGCAGCAUUUUUAAUUAGAUCUGUUCUAAAGGGAUAUGAAUUACCAGUUAGAAUUCCAGAAUCAUUAAUUACCUCAUCACAUUAUAUUAGUUCAGCAGGUGUACCAUCCCCUAAAAUCCCAGAAUGGAUGAUACCACCAACCGAAAGAAUUGUUUAUGAAGAUCUCUUUAACAAGAAUCAACAAAGUGGCUAUUUUACUGGUCAACAAGCAAAGGUUUUGUUUGAAAAAUCAAAUCUUUCAAUCCACGAUUUAAAGUUAAUUUGGGACUUGGCAGAUUAUAAUCAAGAGCAAUAUUUAGAUAAGCAAAAAUUUGUCAUAGCUAUGUUUUUAAUUAAUCAAAGAAAAAAGGGAAAAGAGCUUCCACAAUCACUUCCAAAUAUUUUAAUGGAGUCUUCAAAGAGUAAUUUUAAUCCAGCUAUGUUUUCACCAACUCAUCAAUCACAGGCAUCUGAUUCUGACUCAAAAUCAUCCUCUAAUAAGUAUAAUAUUAAUCUCAAUGACAUUGUUGGUAAUAUUUCAAACCAAUCACCAAUUUCAAGUGGUGGAGGUAGUGGCAGCAUAACAAACAAUAACAGUGUUCAAAGUAAUAGUGGUGGUUUAAAUGUUUCAAAUAGUUUAGUUUCGCCACCACCACAACAGUUACAACAACAAUUUUCUCAACAACAACUUCAACCACCACCACAACAACAAUCACCAAAUAUUGGCUCUACUCCACAACCACAGGCACAACCAACUUUACAAAGACAAGGCUCAUUUACAUUUGAUAGCAAUACAAAUUUAAUAGCCAAACCACCAGCUAAACCAGGUAGUGUAACUCGUAUGAACUCCUUCUCACAAGUUUCACCACAAUCAUCAGUUUCAAAUAGUAGCUAUGUACCAUCACCACAAUCAUCACUUAAUAAUAAUAAUAACUAUGUAUCAUCACCACAAUCAUCUUAUGUUCAACAACCAUCACAAAAUAUGAAUCAGUUAUACAGUGAUAUCGAUAAGGCAAAACAAAUUUCAGAACAAGAAAAAAUUAAACAAGAAGAUCUUUCGUUUAAAUUUAAUCAAGAAGUACAAUUAGAGGCAGAAUUAAAACAACAGCUUGAAGAUGAACAAAAACAAUUACAGGUAGUCCAAGAAAUGAUUAAAACUGAAGAAUCAAAUCUUCAAAUGAAGAAACAAUCAAAUUCAGAAUUAAAGGAGCAUAUUAACACCACAAGAUCCGAUAUUAAAUCAUCAAAAGUUCAAUUAGAGCAAACUUUAUCUUUAUUAAAAGAGAAAACAGAGCUUUAUGAUGAACAAAGAGAACAGCUCAAUCAAUUAAAUGAUGAUCUUCAAGAAAAACAACAAGAGCUCGAAAAGAAUAGAAAAGAAUUAGAGUUCCUUUUAGCUUCUAUUGAAUCAAUCAAACAAAAUCGUAGCGAUGUUAAAAAUCAAUUGGCCACUAUAGCAAAGCUUAUCAAUGAGUCAAAGGCAGAAAUUAAACAAUUGGCUGAAGAGCAAAAACAACAAAAACAACAACUGCAACAAGAACAACAACAAUUACAACAACAACAACAACAGCAACAACAAUUAUCUUCCUCCAAACCCUUAUCAGCAGUUAAAUCUGAUGAUAAUAUUUCAUUUGCAACCUCUAUUGCUCCAGCUAAUAAUACUACCAGUUCUACCACCACCAAUAAUGCUACUGGCGAUGAAUGGGACUUUUUUGGUACGCCAACUCCAUCAAGAACUUCAACCUCAUUACCAACCUCACCAUUUGAUGAUAAGUUUUCCAUACCAUUUACUGCUCCAUCUACAACAACCAAUCCAACCACAACCAAUCCAAUGAAUACCAGUAAUAAUAGUGUUACUUUUUCAUCAUCUCCAUCUUCAUCAUUCAUUAAUGCAGGUAAUAAUAAUGCACCAUCUCCAGUUAAAUCAAAUGUUUCACAAUUAAAAACAUCAAGCUCAUCAGUUGGCAGAAAGUACAGUGGCGAUAGCAAAACAAUUCCAAAUCCAACAUUUUCAUCAAACGCAGCCACCAAUAAUAGUGCAAGUGUUAGUAGCAAUAAUAGCUUCACCGACAACAGUGUUGACACCAUGGCAAAUGCAUUUGGAUCAGAACAGUUUUCAUUUAGCUCCUAUAGUACAUCAAAACAAGAUCCAUUUGGCGAAUCAGCUCCAUUUGGUGAAGACACUACAUCAGUUAAAGAUGCUGGCUCAGAAACCUUAUCCGAAGCUCAUGCCCUUUUCGAUAAUAAAGAUUCUUUAUUUGAAACCAAUGAAUCUUUCCAAAGCUCCAAAGAUCCAUUUGGUCAAAUUAUUUUUUCAAGUUUUAAUAGAGAUUCAUUUGUAUUUGGUUCAUCUAGCGAAAACCAACAAAAUAACAGCAAUAUUAUUUCAGAAAAUGGUGCAUUUAGUCAAACCAACGAUAAUGAUUUCUUUUCUUCAAAUAACACAGUUCCAAAUAAUAACAGUAAUGACUUUGAUGGGUUUGAAGAUUUUGCUCCCCAAUCACAAACAUUAGAUCAACAACCAAUUCAACAAGAACAAGAUUCACAACAACAACCCGAAUUUGGUGUUAAAUUUAAUGAUAAUUUUGACUUUGGUAGCAGUAAUUUUAAUUCAUCAAAUCUCAAUAAUGAAAAUUUAUCAAAUGAUCCAUUCAAUAAUAGUCUCAAUGAUAAUAAUAAUAAUGAUAAUAGUAAUAAUAAUAAUGAUCCAUUUUCUCAAGAUAACAAUGAUAAUUUUAAUACAGCACCACAGAAAAUCAAAAUCAUAAUGACCCAUUCAAAAGUUUCAGUGAUUUUGGCAGCACACCAUUCUCAUUUAAUGAUAGCAAAUUUAAUGAUGAUGAUGAUGAUUUAA